CCUUAGUUGUCUAUGUAGCAGGUAGGCGCUGAAUCAAACGUGGUAGCCAACGUUGAUUUAUUUCUGUACGCAUAGGUGCAUUUAAAUCACAACUCCACAAUAACAUCAUAUAAUCUCAUCUAUGUUAUUUCAUCUAUUCUUACUUCAAUUAUCACUGAUAUUAUCAGAAGCAUAUCCCAGACGAUUGACUUUUGAGUUACCUGACAAUGAAGCAAUAUGCUUUUAUGAAGAUCUCCCAGCUUCAAAACAAUACGUAUUCAGCUAUCAUGUAAUUCAUGGUGGUCAAAACGAUGUAGAUAUUAAAAUCAGAGACCCUAGACAACAGGUUGUUUCCAAUGUUGAGCGUGGCACAGAAGAUGAUCUCACGUUCAAAACAGCCUCUACGAACGGAACUUAUUCCUUUUGUUUCAGUAAUGAAUUCUCUUCCAUCUCACAUAAACUUAUCUAUUUUGAAAUACGUCCAGAGGAUUAUGAAACGCUAGCUGAAGAAGCGGGACUACCUGUUUAUCCAACCGUAAUGAGUUUAUUGGAAAGUGUUGUUGAAGUGUUGCAUCAUUUCCUUUCACGUGCUGAAAGCUUAGUAAUCGAACUGAAGAACCGUGAUUAUGGUGAUUUCUUGGUUGCAGAAGACUUAAACGCAGCUGUGAUGGUUUGGAGUGUGAUUAUCACUGUCGUUGUGGUGGUGACAACAUUUGGUCAGGUAACAAUAUUGAAAAAUUUCUUCAGUGAAAAGAAAGUAGCAUAUUCAUCACCGAUGACAGCAAAUCACCGUGGCAUGAGAACAUGAUCUGUUUGUAGGCUGAGGGUUUUUCUUGUAUUCACCUUUUUUUUAUGCUCUUUGAAAAUCCUUAAAGUAUAAUGAAUAUGAAAGAGAUGUUUUCCUUCCUCUGGAAAUACAUCUCAUGUUUGUGAUUGAUAUUCUGUUUAUAUUUAUCUGUACCUUUUAAUCAAUAUAUAACUAGUAGUUACCAGUCUAUGUGAAUGCGCUCAUUGUUUCCUGUACAGUUUUUUUCAAUUUUACCGAAAUUUUUUUCAUGCCACUGUUAUUUUGUUUUGCUUGUUUUCUGGUUAGAAAAUUCUUUGAUUUAAUUAGUAUUAUUGAGUGUAAAAAGCAUCUUUUUCGAUGGAUGUGUGGUGAUGUUUUUUGUUUUUGUUUUGAUGAAAUAAAAAGAAUACUUAAGUGUUGUUGUGAAUUACAGCUAGCUAGCUUACAUGUUAAGUAGUCUAAUAUUACAAUCUAAAGUAGUCUGUGCAAGGAUUCAAAAUAUUCAUGUGAUUGUGUUCUCUUAGUUGGGUAGUUUAUUUGCGGGUUGAUCUCUGACGAAAUUUCAGCACUGAUACAAAAGGGCUAGUUUCGCAUAUGCCAGUUUACACCGUCUCUAGCGUAGACAAGAUAUCCGACUAUCGAUCAAAUAGCGGGUGUACUGCUCAUCAGUCCACUCCGUCCUCCUUUAUGGUUGUGAGACCUGGCCAUCGAGAGUGGAAGACAUGAAAAGAUUAGCUGUCUUUGAUCAUAGGUGCCUGCGUUCU